AUGUCGUCGACUUCUAUCAGCCCAGAAGCUUCCGGUACGGCGGCGGCGGCGGCUGCCGCAUCCGCCGCGGCCGCCAGGGCAGCGUAUUUCGAGCAGCGGCAAAGGGGAAAUGUACAAAUUAGCACAUACUACGCAGCCUCGCUCAGUGCUCUUAUUGGGCUUUUCAUAAUUGCUCAUUGGCUUCGUUUCGUACUUGUCCGACUUGGCUGGUCUGCCUCGCGUAACCCGAUAUCAUUACCCUUCACUAUCGUUACAAGAGUCGCCAGGAAGAUAUUCAUACGAAGUCUUCUGGGCUUCCCAUCAGUUGGGCAUGCUAUCGUGGUCACCAUCUACGUAGCUAUGAACGUACUUUUCAGCUUUUACCGUAUUGAUUAUAGUAGGCCUACGGACUUGGCUGCUCGGUUUGGCUGGAUGGCUACAGGAAAUACGGUAUUGGUGGUCUUCCUAGCAUUGAAGAACACACCCUUGGCAAUUUUAACAGCUUAUUCCUACGAACGACUCAAUGUCCUGCAUAGAAUCGCUGGGUAUACAACAAUGCUGUAUGCUAUUCUGCACAGCUCCAUUUACACACACUACUUUAUCGCUGCCGGAAGGAUUGAAGUUCUCCACGAGGAUGUCGUCACGGCUGGCAUCAUUCUUGGCUUUGCUAUGCUUGCUACGGUAUUAGCCGGCGCCUUUCUAAGACGCUUGAGUUAUGAGCUCUUCUACGUCUUACACAUUGCCCUAUUCGUUGUCAUUGUGGUCACUUUAGGCUUACACCGCCCAAGCUUCGACGAGGAUAAAAUAUUAUACGCUACCGUAAUCAUGGGCGCCUUAUGGUUUGCAGAUCGUCUCAUUCGAUUCUGUCGGCUAGCGUAUAACAGCAUCAACAAUGAGGCCAGUAUCUAUGCUCUUCCCAAUGGCGGCACUCGAAUAGUACUCAAGAAGCCUAUUUUGCGCGCUCGACCUGGCAAGCACUGUUUUGUCUGGCUUCCCAGGAUCCGCAAGUUUGAAACACACCCGUUCACCAUCGUUGCCAGCGACCCAAUGGAACUGGUCAUUAAUACGUAUAGUGGGUUUACCCGAGAUCUUCACGACUACGCGGCGAAGAAUCCUGGAGCAAGUCUCAAGGUGUCAGUGGAAGGGCCGUAUGGCACACUUCCUGAUCCUAUGGACUUCGACAAAGUGAUCUUAGUUGCAGGUGGAUCUGGUGCGACCUUCACAUUUGGAAUUGCAGCGGACAUGCUCCAGCGAAUGGCCGAGAACUCACAGCAGCAAAUUGAUUUCAUUUGGGCGAUUAAGAAACAUGACAACCUGGUGUGGUUCACGCAACAUCUAAACAAUCUUCGGAAUCAUGUGCAUGCUCCAAAGAUUGCCUUCAAAGUGCAUCUUACCAAAUUGUCUCCUAGUCCCUCCGUCAACCAAGAUUCUGCAGCGCCUAGUUCAACAUCAGGGCGCUCAGAAGACCAGGGGCCGUCGGCGCUUGAAAAGGGUGUCGAUGAUGUCACAACGAGCGGCCCAGCAUCUUCUGCUGCUACGCAUUAUGGAUCUGACAAGGACGAGAAGGAUGCGGUAGAGCAGGUGGAAAUCCCCUCGGCGCUUUCGAGUACGACGAACUUCCCCGUCUAUCACGGUAGGCCCGAUACAGAGGCGGAGAUCCGAACCGCGGUGCAGUCCAUGGGUAGCAACCAGCGGGUUCUCAUUGCUGCGUGUGGCCCUAGCGGCCUCACUACGGUGGUGCGAAAUACCGCCGCUAGUUGCAUUCGUGUCAACGGUCCUGCGGUCGAGGUUCACUGUGAGCAGUUCGGUUGGUAG